AUGUCUUCCAUUCUCCCAAAUCCUGACCCAGGAUUCAAUGUGGUUGUCACCAAAGAAGAGUUCAACCUGUUUUACAGUGUUGACAGAAAACUCUUCAUUCGUUUGGUGAAGUACCUCGGUCGCGAGACCUCGUUAGCCAUCAAUAUAAUGGCCUUCUUCAUGUGGAUGGAGAGGAAAAGCAAUGAUAUGAAUUUGAUUCAAACGCUUCUUCAUCAUUGGACAGAUAUUAUGCUAUCCAAUCUUGCUAAUGAGUGUGCUAUUGUCCUUGAUUGCGUAGAGUUUUCGCGCUUUCCUCUUGUUUUAUCACCUGAACACAUUUUACCAUCAAUCCAAUACAUCUUGCGUCGCAAUGAUUUAACGCUAAAGUUUUUCCAGGAGCGACGCUUAGAAAUAAUCACAGAAGUCACUAAGCUCAUCAAUGAUGUUUGUAUCAGAGCUUUUUCUGAUAUUGUUGAAAAAUUGCACCAUGGCAUGGACAAGAGACAUUAUUUUGGCCGUGUUUUGGGAGGUGCUGCUGCUAGUGAUCGUGUUCCUCCUCCUCACAUGCUAAUGCAACCACAAAUGGCUUAUUUUGAUCCUAAUGGUGUUCCAAUGGUUGUGCCUGCUGCAACACAAUUAAAUGAAUUAGGAGGAAAUUAUGGUUAUAAUGGCCAGCAAGAUAUGAAUCAGAUUAUGGCCAACUUAAGUUUGGAUGAUAUUUAUGCUGCUGAUACUGGUAUUGUUACUCCAACCGAUUAUAAUGAGAAGAAGAUUGAGAUGAGGCCUAUUGAUGAUAGGACUCUCUUCCUGACAUUUUCCAAAGGUUAUCCUAUUUCUGAGAAUGAACUUAGAGAAUUCUUCACAAGGCAAUUUGGGGAUAUCAUUGAAAUGCUGGUCAUGCAAGAAACAACUCCACCAGAGCAGUCACUAUAUGCUCGUCUUGUGGUUCGUGAUGAAGCUAUGGAUGAUAUUGACCAAUUUCUUGAAUAUAAGCUAACAAUGAAAUUCGCCAUCAAUGGAAAACAUGUCUGGGCAAGAAAGUUUGUUCGCAAGUUUUCAUCACCAUUUGAAGUUGGAACAUCUAGGGUUUUUCCAUGA